AUGUAUUAUCAAAAUAUAAUUAUAAAUACAUUUAAACACUUUCAAGGAUUUACAAAAUCCAGUUACAUUGUUACGAAUAUUUGUCUAUUAAAUUUAAAGAAAAACAAGUUUAUAACAUAUUUGCCACAAAUUAACAAAAUAAAAGAACAUUAUCGUACAUAUGAAUUAAAAAGUUCGUCACAAAUUUUUAUUAUAUCAGGUAGUUUUUUGUUUAAUUUAUUUAAACCUGAGAAAGAAAAAGAUGAAGUUGAAGAGUUAACAAUGACAAUCAAACGAUCAAUUUUAUUAAUUCAGAAGGAAGAGUUUUUAAAAGCGGAGCAAAUGCUGCAUAUUGCUUUACGACAAGCCCAAACUUUGCAACAUUAUGAUGGUAUAACUUAUGUAUAUGAUGUAAUGGCAAAUCUAGCAUAUGACCUAAAUGACUUUAAAAAAGCAGAAAAGUUAUUUAUAUCAGUUUUAAAACGAUUAAUAGCUAAGGGAAUUCCUGAAGAUGAUUUAGCAGUUAUUCAUAUCAGUAUUAAAAUUGCUGAUAUAUAUGACAAAAUAGGAAAUGUAGAAAAAGCAGAAAAUGGUUAUAAAUUUUGUUUGGAAAAUUUACAAAAUCAUUUAGCUAAAGACAGUGAAAAUCAAGAUGUAUUACAAUUAUUAGGUUUAAAUUUAGAAAAGUAUGCAUCUAUGCUCUUUUCACGAGCACAAUAUACUGAUGCUCUUAAGUAUUUUAUCCAAGCUUAUGAUGUAUCUAUAAAAGUAAAUGGUGAAGACAGUGAGCAGACUGUUGUUUUACUAAAUGAUUUAGGUAGUGCCAAUUACAUGUUACAAAAAUAUGAUAAAGCCAUUGAGUAUUUAACUAAAGCUGCAGAAUUAGGUAAUAUCAACACAUACACACACAUCAUUGAAGGAGAACGUUUAGCAAAAGAUGGAAAUAAUGAAGAAUCUAUGAUAGAAGCUAAAAAAUGCCUUGAAAAGAUAAAAAGUUUAAUAUCUUAA